AUGAAUACCGUGACGACGGAGGAAGAGAGAAAGAUUUUUUACUUUUUAAAAUCUCAAGGUUGUUGUUUGAGAUGUUGUUUUCGUUUCGUCGGAUAUCGCAUGUCAGAAUGUUAUUGCAAACCUUCCGAAUUUGCGGCACAGCUGAAUUAUACAGACGUGAAAGACGAUGCUUCUGUGGAAAAAACAACUUGCAUUGCAUGCUUAGGAGUUCUUCAGGAUAAGGCACAAAUGAACGUUGUUACAAAAAUAGCAGAAAAAGUAAGGGAAAAAGAUUAUGACUGUAUGACUUUCACAUGUGCAUUAACUGUUCCUGUGUCAGUAAAGCUCAGAGAACACAUAUUAUAUGCUUACAUGUCCAAAGAGAUGGAUAUUCAUGAAUCAAUCUUAAAUACUCUUAAAACAAAAUUACAAAAUGUCAAAGAUAUUUGGAAAUCAUUCAUAAUUCCUCAACUUGAACAAGCUACAGAAAAACAUGCAGAUUUGUCAACACCAUCGCCCUUUCUCAUCGAAGUCCUUUUAAUGUAUGCUGACGACGAAAUGAUAUUUAAAGAAUUAAUAAAUAAACAUAAGGGAGAUAAUAAUAAACAGAAAAGGAAAAAAUGCAAUUAUAAUAAAUUUAGUAGGAAGAAUGUUGAUACUUUGCUGAUGGAAAUAACAGAUGAGCAACUUAUGCAACAUUUUACGAUCUCGCAAAUCGUACCGAAAACGCACGUUUAUGUUGAUGAAAUUUUAUGUUCUCAUAACAGCAUUUUUAUAGGAGGACGUUACAAUAAAUUUUCCAGAAAACUCAGCCAGACUCCGUGGUUCAUAAACGGCGAGAAAAAAGUGGAAACAUCGGUGCAAGACUUACUCUGCAAUCCCAUCGCAGAAAUGGUGAAGGCAGAAUCGAUAAAAUUUUUAUCGUCAGGAAGAGAAGACGUCGACGUCAGAAACAUAUACGGUGGCCGACCAUUCGCUAUUGAACUAUUAAAUCCUCAUAUGACGAAUAUCACAAAUGAACUAUUGACAUGUCUAACCAGUAGUAUCAAUCAAUCUACUAAGCAAGUUCAAAUAACAGCAAAUUUAAAGGUUCUCUCAAGAUUCGAUUUGAAGAAGCUUAAGGAAGGUGAGAAUGUUAAAACAAAAUUUUAUCGAGCAUUGUGCGUCUGUCGAGACGUGAAUGGUGAUUUACCGCAGUUGGAGUGUCUGAACAAAUUAGAAAACAUUAAAAUUAUUCAAAGAACACCACUGAGAGUGCUGCACAGGCGACCAUUGAGUCCGCGAACGCGCAUAAUUUACAAAAUGCGUGCGCGUUGGGCGAAAUCGCAUGAACUAAAAAAAUUGUUGUCCACUGCCGCAGAAAGUACUGAUAUGUUUUUUGUUCUCGACGUCAAAACGCAAGCUGGUACAUAUGUAAAAGAAUUUGUGCACGGAGAUUUCGGUAGAACCAAGCCCAACUUGUGUGAUUUCCUCAAUACUGAAGUGGACAUUGUCGCAUUGGAUGUCACGGGUAUCAACUUAAAGUGGCCGUAACAUGAGUUUAAAUCAUUAUUAUUUAAUUAAGUAAAAAGAAAGAUUACAAUAAAAGCGUCGAAGA